AUGAUGAUACGUAAUGAUAAUAGACCAUUGUUGAAAGGACAAGCACAACAACGUGUUGCUGUUCGAUAUUUAAUCGUCUCCAUCUUGUUGAUGAUUACUUUGAGUUGUGCUUCAACUCUUGCUGCCACACCUCCAGACUGGUGUGCUGCAUUAUCUGGUGAACAAGUUAAAUCAGCCUUUGGAUUAUGUGAUCCAUCUUUAUCCACUUCAAGACCAUCAUGGUGUACAUAUAAUAACUUUAGAGCAAGUCAACCAAUCACUUUUAGAGAUCCUGACAUUUUUAAUUGUGAUGCCACUGGUGCACAAUGUUUAUAUACCAAAAUAACAGACAAGACACCAAUUACAUCAACUGAAAAUAACAUGAUUUGUGUGAAAGAUCAAGAUGUUGAUAAUAUUGUUAAAAUUUAUAAGGAAGACUAUUCUGGAGGAAAUGUUACCACUACUGAUCAAUCAUCACAAUCCGAAAACAAUCGUUGUUUCUUUGUUAGAGCUGCUAAACCUUUGGAAAUGUCAGCUGAUGGUGCCAAACAAUAUUUACUAGUAUUGACCAAUAGACAUUUGCUUGUUCUUGAUAUGACUACUGAACAAUUGGCCUACUCUUAUCAAGUACUUGAUGCUAAAACUGCUUUAACAGAUAAACCAAGUAAGAUGGCUGUCUAUAGAACUAGCUCUACUGAGGCAACAAUUUAUGUUACCUUGUCAACUCAAACAUUAUUGGUUCUUAAAUUGGAUACUACUGGUACUCUCACAGUUUCAUCUUCUAAAACUAUUGCUCUUACCAUUGAUACAACAACCAAAUUGUCCUCAAGCGAAUUUGUGCAAGAUUUGCAAACAAUUGCCUACAUUGAUACUCUUGGAACUGCAACUCAUAUGGCUGUUCUCUCAUAUGGUACUUCUACUUCUACCAAUGGUAUUAUCAUUUACAAGGGUUCUACACUUUAUAAAUGGGCAUUUGCUGACCAAACUGAGGAAAGAAAGAUUUUCGGUUUUGCUCAUGGACAAUUUGGUGCUGACCCAACAUAUUCAUCAAAGGUUGACUGUAAUUCAGUUAAAGCCAGUAGACCUCUUCUUUUAAUUCAAUCCAAGUCACAAGUCAAUUUGAUUCAACUCGUUGGUACGCCAAAUGACUCACCUGUUGACUUAACAAAGAAGACCUCAAUCAUUUAUACACAUGGUGUCUCUGGUGAAAGUAUUUAUUCUGUGAGUGCAUUUACUGAAUGUUAUGGUACUCUUGCUAAGACUUCCCAAUCUGUUUGGGUUGCUGUUGGUGUUGCUUCAACUACAGCCUCUGCAAAUGCUUUCGGCCCAAGAUUAUUUGUCUUUAACCUUCCAGAAAUGGCAAGUCAGGAUGUAACUGAUAUUAGUUCUGACCCAGCUGGCAUAUACAAGGCCGUUGGUAUACCAGCUGACACAACAUGCUCAACUUCUUAUACAUCAACUACCAAACCUCAAUACUCAAAGAGUGGAACCUGUACUAACAGACCUAAUAAGGAAUCAGAUUUGAAAACCACAUCAGCUGUUCCUUCAAAGAUGGUUAUUGGAAUGUACAAAACAAGUGACACUGCUAUCACUGAUGCCUAUUCAACAUUUUAUCACACCAUCAACAUUGCCACAAGAGAAAGUAUUGAAGUAUUUUCCUUCCAAGAGUAUGCUUGUACUGACACUUCUGCUUCCACUUCUAGUUCAAGCUUAUUUACAUUGCAACAAACUGCAUUAUUGAACAGUGAUGGUAAAAUUAAUGACAUUUAUGUUUCUGAAAAUGCACAACACAUCUUUGCUGUCCUUUCUAGAAAGGCCUUUGAUAUUGAUGCCAGAAUAAGAUUGCAAGAUAUUUGCACCUUGUUGGCUUCUUCAAAUCCUCCAUCUUCAUUGACUAAAUUUACUGAAGCUUGUAAGAAAUAUCCAACCAAGUAUACUGCAUUCGAUUUUAUUGGUUACUUCUCAAUGUGUAAUGGAGGUUGGACUUGUCCAAGAUAUGGUGAUUCUGGAAAACUCUUGCUGAAGGUUACGCCAAUACUACCAACAAUGGUCUUUAAAUGUGAACCAGGAUUUUACUGUCCAACCAAUAACGAAGGUCGUAGAAGACCUUGUCCUGUUGGAUUCAAAUGUAAAGAUUCGGCCAUGACUGCACCUACUGCUUGUUCACCUUCCUCAACAUUUGAAACAACUUGUGGAAUUGAAGGUUCCUCUACUGAGCAAAGAUGUCCUGAUGGUCAAAUUUGUUUGAACCCUUUGAUGUCUAUUCCAGUACCACCAGGUUAUCUUGCAAGAAAAACUAGAAGUCAAUUAUACACUUGUAGAAAUGGUCAAUAUUGUCCAUUAGCUACUCAAGGACUUGACACUACAGGCACUACUCUCGUAAAUGCUUGUCCUGCAUUGAACUAUUGUGAAACUCCAUACUCUAUGACUCCAACUCCAUGUUUGGAACAAAUUGGUAACAGAACUCAAUACUGUCCAACUGGUACUUAUGGUAGUGAUGAGCACUAUUGUCCAGAAGGUUACUAUUGUCCAACCUUGUCAAGCAAAGUCUUGUGUGAAGAUGGUUAUUAUUGCCCAAGAGGUACUAAGGAACCACUUGCUUGUACUGCUGGUUAUUAUUGCCCUAAUACCAACUCAAUGUUGUUGUGUCCAUCUGGUUAUCACUGUGCUGCUGGCUCUACUUAUCCUAAACGUUGUCAAUGGUUCUCCUAUUGUCCAGAAGGUUCUGCCAAGCAACAAUCCUUCUAUUUGGGUAUCUUGUUAAUGUUCGUUGUUGUCUUCCUCGUUUUGGUCACUUUCGUUGUUGUCAGAUGUGUCACUGCCUCUUACAAGAAGAAGAAGAUGAAGCAAAAGAAGAUUAAACAAGACCAAGAAAUCUCAGGACAAAAUGGUCUUGCCAACAUUGGUAUUAAUAUUGCCAACUUUAUUCAAGGAAAUGAACAAUUCAAUUAUGAUAGUACUGGUUCUCUCGUCAAUGAACCACCAUUCUCAAAGAAGAACUUUACAAUUGAUUAUGCCUUUGAGGAUUUGUCAUAUAUCAGAAAGAAGAGUGAAGAAGUUAUUUUCGAAGGUGUCACUGGUCGUGUCUAUCACGGAAGAACUACAUGUAUUAUUGGUGUUGAUUCUGAAGCAACUUCUGCAUUGCUCAAUACUCUUUCUGGUAGACAUCACUUGGGUUUCGUUCAUGGUAAAAUUAUGAUUAAUGAACAAAUUAAGGAUCCGCACGAAUUCAGAAAUAUUAUCAGCUUUGCCCCAAAGCAACUUGAUAUGGCUAAGGAAUUGAAGGUUCACGAAUUGUUGAGAUUUGCUGGUCACUCUCGUUUGCCAAGUUAUUAUACAUACAGUCAAGUUGGUAGACGUGUUGAAAAGACAUGUAAGGUUUUGGGUAUUGAAAACUUUAUGUAUGAUACAAUUGGUAAAUCAAAGAAGCACGGUCUCGAUGAAGAACUCAGAGUCUUUGUUAACAUGGCUCUUGAAAUGGUUGCUGAUCCAGUUUGUUUAUUUGUCGAUAAUCCAUUCGAUGAAAUUCCACUCGAAAGAAAGAAAUUCUUGUGUAAGGCCUUCAAGUUGGCUGCUGAAAGUGGUACUACAGUUGUUUCUACCAUGCUCAGACCAAGAAAUGAUGUAUUCCUCCUCUUUGACGAUUGUAUUAUCAUGGGUAAGAAUGGUGGCAUUGUUUACAAUGGUCCAACCAAGGAUGCUUUGAGAUUCUUUGAAGAAAUUGGCUUCAAAUGUCCAAACUAUGAAAAUCCUCCAGACUUUUUUGUUGAUGUUUGUUUGGGUAAUGUUGAAAGACCUGGUGAUCCAAACUUUGAACCAGAACGUUUGUUGCACUUGUGGGACUUGAAGAAGGAAGAAAAUGAAAAGAAAUGGCUCAAAUCAAGAAAUGGUAAUGAAACUCAACAAUCAGAACAAGAACAAGAAGAUGAUGAAGAAGUUGGUGCUUCUGUUAUUGAUCCACAACAAGUUUUGUUGGGCAGUGAAGUUGCUAAGGAAAGACAAAGAAAGCCAAUUGCGUUCUUGGGUCAAUAUCUCUUAUUCUCUCUUCGUGCUUUGCUUCAAUUGAGUCGUCACUACAAGGGUGUCUUCUUUGAUUUCUUCUUCCACUUUGCUCUUGCUGUAAUUAUUGGAGGUUUCUACUUUAACAUGGACUUUAUUGGUCCUCUUUCAUCAACUCUUCAAAAGUUGUGUCCAACAUUUAUUAGUAAUCAAUGUUCAUUGCCAAGAAUUGAUAAGAUUGCACCAAUGAGUAUUGUUACAGUUUCUGCUCUUGCCAUUGCUGCUAUGCAAUCUUCACUCAAAUGUUUUGGUGCUGAUAAGGAACUCUAUAGACGUGAAGCUCAGAAUGGUAUCAACAAGAUGAGUUACUUCCUUGGUAAAUUGACUGGUGAAAUUCCUUCCUUGUUGAUCUAUCCAUUGGUCUUUGUUACUUUCUGGUAUAUCCUCGUUAAUCCUGAAGCUGAAUUUUACACAUACUAUGGACUCUUCUUAUUAUUCGAAAUUGUUUUCAGUUCUCUUGGCUAUUUCAUUUCAGUUUUCGUUCAAAGAACUCAUGCUGAAUUUGUUGGUGUAAUGUACAUUAUUUUGUGUGCCUUGUUGGGUGGUGUUCAACCAACAGUUCGUACCAUGUCUAAGGAAUGGUAUACAUUGGUUUUGGUUUGUUCUUCUCCAGUGAGAUGGGCUGUCGAAUUAAUGUACACUGUUGAAAUUAGAAAGUAUCAAGAAAGUAAUCAAAAUGUUGCUACUGCUUUGGAAAAUUAUGGUUUCUCCUAUAAGGCCUACUAUAUUUCACCAAUUAUCUUGAUUGCUAUCACUAUCAUUUUCUUGGUAUUAUCAUUCGUUGGUUUGGUUAUGAGAGAUCCACAAGCUGUCGAAAGAAUCAAGACUCUCACUAGAGUUUACAUUAGAAAGGGUAAGAGAAAGUUGAAGAAAUUGAAGAGUGAAAGAAAGAAGCCUGGUGACUAUGUCUUCCAACAAGAAAGUGAAAUUCAAGUUCUCGAAGAUGGUGAAGAAAGUGAAUCAGAUGAAGACGACGAAUUGUUAUUGCAACAAGAUGAAGUCUAUCAACCACCAUCCAUGCAACAAGAUCAACAAUAAACAACCAACUUGUGUGAAAA